CGUGGCUCUCGGUCGCAAUUGACCAUCUCUUCCUCCUGGUAAUUGUCGAUCCAACCUCAGAAUGCGCGCGUCACUGUCUCCCCUCGCCGCGAGCGUCGCCCUGUUGUGCCUCGCCGGUAGCGUCCAAUCCGCCGAACCUCAAGAGGAGCUCUCGUCGGCGCUCGAGGGCUAUCCCAACCUCAGCACCUUUCGCUCCCUGCUCGGCGCAGUUGGCCAGUCAUUCGAAGACGUCGUUGGAGAUGACCCGAAAAACGUCACCGUGCUGGUUCCUACCGACGACGCAAUCAACACCUACCUCAAAGAUUCGGGCCUCACAGACGUGUCAGAGCUCACUUUGGCCGAAAUCCAGACGUUUUUCUCGUAUCAGACCCUGGCAGCGUCAUUGAAGGGCAAGGACUUCGAUACCCCGAAUGGAAUGACCGUGCCGACACUGUUGCAAGGAGCCCAGUACAACAACCGAUCCGCUGGACCGCAGCUCGAGCAGGCGUACGGAGAGAAGGCCACCGGUCAGGUCGUGUUUGCCACGCAAAAGGACAAGAGCUCCCGUCGCAUGAAGAGGCAAGGAGCUGGCCCUGUGGUAAAUAUCAGAGCGGGAUUGGCUCAGGAUGUCGGCAUGACGGCGGUUGAUGCUACGUGGGGAUCCAAGGGUGUGAACACAUUCCAGGUCGUUGACAGUGUUCUCGUACCGCCGAAGAAUUGCUCCCUGACAAUUAAAUCCUAUCCGGACCAAACCCUUCAAUCUAUGGACCAGGCGCUGAACAAGAGCGGGUUAUGGCCUAAAAUCAACACGUCUUUCAAUGUCACCUGCCUUGCUCCUUCGACUGAGGCUUUCAAGAACGCGGGAAAUCCUCAGCUCUCGGGCACCCAGAAUGAAGUGGCCGGAACUGUCCUGCACCACACUUUGGAGCAAGUUACAUACACAAAUUUCCUCGAGGACGGAAUGGUUCUUAACAGCCUGAACAAUACCAAGAUCACUGUCCGAAUCAAGGGCAACGAUAUUUACUUCAACAACGCCAAAGUCAUCGAGGCCAAUGUCCUAACCAACAACGGCCUGGUUCACAUUCUUGACUCCGUUAUUGAAACAGACGAUAAUAUGUCUGCGAAAUCCAGUGGUGACAGUACCUCCACAGCCACCACGGCCGAGGUGCCAAGCUCGACAGCUACGUCUAGCAGCUCUUCUUCCACCUCUUCAAACGCUGCGAGCGCCUUGACUUUCAGCUACUCCGGGGCCGUUGCCGUGGCAGCUGGCCUCCUGAUGCUAUAAAUUAUCGAUUAAAGGUUCCUGCAUACUGGAGUGACAGGCAAAAGCAUUUGAGGUGUUGGGGAGCAUUAACAUGGUCAUUGGAUUCAUUUCAAGGUUGCAUAUUACGUUCAACGUGUCUAAAUUAAUUUGUAAAUAGCCAAUUGACCUACCGUGGGUACCACAUGCC